CCAGAUGCUAAAGCAACAGAUUGAGGGACUGCAAAAUUUUCAUGAAUAACCAUCUCUGCUUUGGAGCUAACCCUAAAGGUGCAUUCCAUGCCACUGGCCAGGACAUUUAAUAGAUGGCACUGCCAGCAGCACAAUGACCCCAAGCAUGCUGAUGCAUUAGCUUAGUACCGGGAGGGGAGAAGGCGAGAGAAAGAGAGACACCAACCAUCCACCACUUCCUGAAUCAGAAACAAGAUGCCAUUCAAAUCACACCUGGCUAUCCUUGUUCUUGGGCUAUGUGAGCUCCAUUUAAUUGGCAGUGUAAACAACGACAAGAUUGCCCUCAUUAUCCAGACCAACAACAAGGAUAAGGCAGUCCCCACCACUGGCGAUAAGACCACCCAGGACAAGACUGCCCCCCACAGCCAGCCCACCUCCAUCACCCAGCUGACCAGCAAGGACAAAUCCCAGGCCCCAACCACCACCCACCCCACCAGCAACGACAAAGACAAGACACUCUCCACCACCCACGCCACCAGCAACGACAAAGAUAACACAGUCUCCACCGCCUACGCCACCAGCAACGACAAAGAUAACACAGUCUCCACCACCUACGCCACCAGCAACGACAAAGAUAACACAGUCUCCACCACCUACGCCACCAGCAACGACAAAGACAAGACAGCGUUCACCAGCAACGACAAAGACAAGACAGCGUUCACCACCCAGCCCAACACAGACAAUGUUCGAUCAACCACAAAACUUCCAAAGAAGUUGACAUGGAAAAGUGAUACAACUUCUCAUCCUGGAGGCUCAGCUGCUACAAUCCCUUCAAUGUUUACUAUUGCAUCACUGAUAUGUGUUCUUUUGCUGUAGAUUUAAUGCCCCUCUUCUACUUUUCCACACGUAAAUCACUGAUACCAAUGUCAUUACGCUAAGAAGUCAACUCUUCUUGGCACCACUUUCCCAAGUGGGGUGCAGUUUCAUUCUUUCAGUGGGCUCUGCAACCUUUUCAGAUUAAUUCUUAAAUUAUGUGAUAUUAUGCCGUAUGCAACUCUUUGUUAAGGUGUUUUCCUAGCCACUCCAGUUCUGUUGUCACCCCACUGUCAGCUUCAUUACCCACCAGUGUUUAGUUUAUCACUAUCCUCAGCAUGCUAUGUAGGUACCAAGAUUUUCCUAGACUAUGACUAUUAAAGCUGUGGGAUUCUCAGGGAGUUGGGUUAUGGGGUAUUUGCUCUGUAUAUGUGGUUUUCUGGUUUUAACCCAAGCCAUGUGGAGUGAGCUGUGAUAAUAGGGUGACGGGUUCUAUAUAAAUAUAAAGCAGCAUUUACAAUGGUAGGUACUAAUUCUACAAAUGAACUAACAGGACAAAGGAGAGGAAAGGUAAAUUAUUUUCUUGGAUUCAUGCUCGGGUACUAGCUGGAGUGUGCCAGCAUUCAGCAUGCUUUCUUGGCAAACAAGAGAAAAACCUGUCUCUCUCUCGAAAGGCUUUUCACAUCUGACAAGUCAGUUUAUUUACUUGUAUUAAACAUAACCAUUCAAAGUGAAUCUGUUCACAUCUGUACUCAAAUAUUCGGGACUGAGUAAUUAAGAUACUCUAAAAUGAAGCCUUAAUGAAAAGGCAGUACAACAAAUACACUAGCUAUGCCUUGUAGAAAUGCUAAGAUUCUUGUAUUAAGGAAAGACAUGCCAAUUUAA